AUGGAAGAUUGGCUUGUUGAGGAAUUGGUAAUUUGUCCUAGAAGAAUUGAACUCUUGCGCAAAGCGAAAAAGUUCAAAAACUUCAGAAUUUCUCCAACAAUCCUGAAAAAGUUAGACAAUAUGGAAAUCGGUUUGUUUUUUUUCUAAUGUGUUCUUAUAAACCAUAUGAGAUAUUUUUUACAGACGACAUUUUGCCGAAUCCAAAAGUUUUAUCUACUGUUGUUCCCACAUCUUCUAAUUUUGUUGAACCACCAAAACGAACUCAAAGAAAGCGACAAGUUGACGAUUCAAAGGUAAUCAUUUAUUUUUUUUUCGUUCCAAAUUAAACCCGUUUUUAAAGAAAGAACAAAUCUGCACAAAAUGUCGAGGAAAAUUAUUCCGUGUUGUGGAUAAUGAAAGACCAGACAAACGAUUGAUUUUGGAAUGUAUGCGGAGAGAUUGUCUGGCCACAUUUAAUUUCACCGAUCUUCCCGUUGGAACGAUUGUUGGAGAAGAUGUUUACACUGCAGAUAGUUUCAGAAGAGAUCCUCUUCGAUUUUAUUAUCCAACAAAAGAGGAUAUAGCUUUUUACAAAAAAGAGUAAGUUAUUUUGACUAUAGCAACUCCGAAGUUUAAUUUUCAUAGAUUCGAAAAAGAACCAACAACAUCGAAAAAUGUCAUUGAAAAUGAUCGUGGUGCACUUUUGAUCUCAGUUCCAGGACAAAUUCGAAAAGUCAGACUCAUGUAA